ACCGCCUGGCCACCGAUGCGAACGCGUACGAAUACAGUUUCACGCUCGACCCGAUCGAGUUUUCGAGGGAUUUCUUCUUGUCAGGCCCUGUCAGGAAGGAGGUUUUCAACCAGUGCAGUUUUUGGGGAUGCAUCGACUCUUACUUGGAGGGGCCAGCGACAAAUCAGCUGGCCACCGACGCGACCGAGUACGAGCCCAGUUUCACGCUCGAGGCAAUCGAGUUCUUAGGUAAGGACCUCCUCCUGUCCAUGGGUUCGGUCGGGAAGGAAUUGUCCGAAGCGAUCGACUCCUUUGAUGCGAACCUCCCCUCGUCCAUGAGCUCGGUCGGGCAGGAGGUUUUCGACCAGGGCAGCCUGCAGAAUCCACCGUCGGGGUGGGAAGGCCCGCUCUACGGAGGCGCUGGGAGAGGCGGCGGCAGGACCACGCAGCGGGUCCGGGCCGAGGAGCCGCGGGCGCAGGACCCGCUCCAGACGGCGCAGAUCGUCGCCGCGGUCGUUGCCGGGCUGCAGCGGGCGCAGACGGGCCCGCGCCGAGGCGAGCGCGCGCUUGUCGCAGCCCCGCGUGCGGAGGCGCGGCCACCGACGGCCACCAACACGAAGCCCCGGCGCGAGAGGCGCCGGCGGGAGGACAUCCCGAUCAUCUCCAGGCUGCGCUCCCUGAUGGCCACCGGGGACAGCGGCCAGAAGGUCACGCAGACCCAGGUUAUCUCCAAGCUCCAGGAGGUCAUCUCGACCUUCACCUCCGGAGUGCCGCCCUCGGUGCUGGAACCGACUGGGGCGGCACCGGCGAGGGAUCAGCCCCAGGGACGAGCCCGCCUCUACGGAGACCCGUGGGGGCAGACCAAGAUCGUCCCGUCCAACGCGGUCCGGACCACCCUCGAGCAGUCCGAGGAGCCCCUCCUCAUCCUGGCGGCCACCCGCGCGGAGUACGAGCAGUGCGAGCGCGAGCGGAAGGCCCUCGGGAAUCGCCAGAAUAUCACCUACGUUGUCUUGGACAGCAACGGGUCCGACUCGGACGACGAGCCGGUCGCCACCACCAAGCUGAAGAUGGUCAACGUCCUGAUCACGAUCUCCACGGAGUUCGCCGAUGAGACUCUCUUCCACAUGGCUUCCGGGGAGCCGCAGACCACUCCUGCCCUCGUCCUGGGGGACGACCUGGCGGAGCGCGUGCUGCGCACCCGCGGUGCCAUCGCCUGCGAGGCGGAGGUCACGUGCAUCGUUUCGACGACCGAGGCCAACGCCGACUCCUUCCGGAAGGCCAUCCCCCCGAGGGGGGCCUUCAUCAUGCAGCAGGACGCCCCUACGGCCACUCCCCCGCGCUGGCUCUCCCGGAGGGCCGACGAGGAGGACGCAGAGGGCGCGACUAAGUACCUGCAGCCGUCGGGGCAGCAGUCGGGGUACCAUUCG